AUGUCUAAAAGUACUGGAACACGUGAUCCCACCGUAAUUUAUACAAAAAAUGAAAAGAAAAAGCACGUGAUCCCAGCAGACAAUAGUUCGAUUAAGAAAAACAGACAUAAUCGGUUCAAACAAGAACGAAAAAGUUUGAUUGAUUCGCAUCAUACUAUUUCUUGUGCCGCUACCUCUAAUCUUAAAAAAGCUAUUCAAAUUUGUAAGAACAAAGUUGAAAAGAUCGCUAAAGAACAUCGCGAUCUUAACCGUAAAUUCCGUGAUCGUGAAUUUGAUCUUUUGAUAAGUCAAAAUGAUUGCAUUUAUGGCAAACGUGAAACUGAUUUUCCACCUUCUGAUGUUAAAAGGAUCUCAAAGAUAUUCAAAAAUCCUCAAUUCUUCGUCAAUGGUGUCGAACCUAAUGACAUUAAACAAGGUUUUGUUGGUGAUUGUUGGUUUGUGGCUGCUUUAGGUGUUGUCACGAAUAUCCCUGGAUUAUUGGAAACUAUUUGUGUAGCACGUGAUGAAGAAGUUGGUAUUUAUGGAUUUAUUUUCUUCAAGGAUGGAGAUUGGAUCUCAACCGUUGUCGAUGACCAACUUUGUACUUAUGGUAAAGAUGAAAAUGGGAAAUUUGAUCUUACUUAUUCUGAAAACGAAACCUGGUUACCAUUAAUUGAAAAGGCUUACGCCAAAAUACAUGGGGAUUAUGAAAGUAUUGAAGGCGGAUGGACAGCCAUUGAAGAUUUGACUGGAGGAGUUUAUACAUUUGUACGAACUGACGAUAUUCUUGAUACUGAAAAAUUUUGGCGAGAAGAGUUAGUUCAUGUGAACAAGAAAGUUCUUUUCGCUGUCAGCCAUAUCACAUUUGAUCCCUCUGAAGAAGAAGUUGUAUCGAUCAAGGGCCUGUAUUGUAAUCACGCAUAUAGCGUUAUUCGUACCAUUGAAAUUGAAAAUGGAACUAAACUCGUAGAAAUUCGUAACCCUCAUGGAACUGGUCCUUGGAGUGAUGGUAGUAAAGAAUGGUCACCAGAACGUAUGACGCUUCUUAAUCAUCAAUUUGGUGAUGAUGGAGCUUUCUGGAUGUCUUAUGAAGACUUUUUAAAUCAUUGGAAUUGUAUUGACAAGGUUCGACUUUUUGAUAGUUCUUGGACCGUUUACACAACCUGGAUCAAAUAUAAUGUAUUACCUAAAUCUGAUGGAAAAUUCAUCUUGACCAUCCCUCAAGAAUCGGAGUUGGUCAUUGUAUUACAACAGCCCGAUAAUCGUUAUUUCACAGAAGAUCAAAAAUAUAAAUAUCUAUUGAGCUUCAGAGUUUAUGAGCAAGGAAGCGAAAGUUAUUUAUCACGUAGUCAAAUUGGGAAUCCUUAUGCAUCACGUAGCAUCAAUCAAGAAAUUAACCUUCCUGCUGGAACAUAUGAGAUAAUUCCACAUAUCACACGAAGAAAGGAAAGAAGAGUGAAAAAAUUAGCAAUUGGACAAGAUGUAAAUGACAAUUCUGAUGACGAGGAAGAAGAACACGAAAAAUGUGAAUGGGAAUUAUCACUCGGAAUAAGAAUUUAUUCACAGAAUCGAAAAAUAACCUUGAAAGGUUAUGAAGGUGAAUAUCCAAAGAAAGUUGAACCUGUCCAAGAAGAAAUUGACCCGGAAGGCGAUUAUUCCGCUAUACCCACGGAUGAAUCCGCUAUAACGAAAGCUCAGGAAGAUGAUUAUCAUGAUAAUAAUGACUAA